UAUAAUUUUCUGAUCAUGAAAUCAGUUGAUUCCAGAGGUUCGCUUGAACAAGUUAUAGAGGGAAAAAUGAAUAAUUUACUCGGAGUUUUCGUUUUUAUAUCGAUAUUUUUGCACGUGAACGGUGAUCUGUUUGACAGGUAUAGCGGAAAGAAAUUUGACGAGCCGCACGCGAAGGAACUUCGUAUAAAAAAAUACGCGGACAAAUGCUCCAUAGACAUUGCACCCUGUGCCGCCCACGAGGUCAGCAGAGUAAGCGGUACAUGUAACAAUUACAAGCGACCCGCGUCUGGCGCAGCUAGGCGACCGUACUUACGACUGCUACCACCGGUAUAUGCUAAUCAACAUGAAAUACGCAAAAGCAAAGAUGGUAAACCGCUUCCAUCCGCCAGAACUGUGCGGACCAGCCUUAAACCAACUACGAGCUACUUGCAGGACAAAAACCUGUUUAACGUAGCCACUUUUCAUUUUUUGGAGUUAAUACGGAAGGAUGUCAGCGCCUUGAAUGGACCCUUGGACUACCUCAAGAAACGACAGAAUUGUUGUACCGUAGACGGCGAACAGGACCCGCGUUGUCUCCCAAUACACGUGGAAAACGACCCUUAUCUCAAAGGAAUAGACUGUCUUAACUUCUCUAGAGCGGAAACUUUCCAAGACCUAGGGUGUACACAGGACGCGGUCCCCGCGCAGAUAAACUACCAAACUCCGCUCUUAGACUUGUCCAUAAUAUACGGAGUGGAUGAACAAUCUAUGAAAGAAUUGCGUUCAUUCAAAAACGGUACUUUGAAGUUGGAGAUGCGCGGCAAUCGAUAUCUACCCGCAAACAACGGAACCGAUUGCUUCCUGUAUAACGAUGAGACUUGCUACACAAUUGGUUUACCAAAAGAAACAACGUUAGAUCUUCGCACAACCACCUUUGUUAUAUUUUUCAUGCGCGAACACAAUCGUCUAGCAAAGGUUCUACAAGAACUGAAUCCUUGCUGGAAAGACGAUAGAUUGUUCAAAGUGGCUCGACAAAUCAAUAUCGCAACGGCUUCUAAUAUAUUUUUAUAUGAACUCCUUCCGAGGAUAUUGGGUUACCAAAAUAUGUUGACCUACGAUUUGAUAUCAACUUUUGCGGAACACGUGUCAGCUUAUGAUGAACAAAAGGAGCCUGGUGUGUACGCUGAAUUUGACAUUGCCAUGCGGUUCUUUAGAACAUUUCUUGGAGGAAAGAUUGAAAAAUAUAAUGAAAAUUACGAAAACGUUGGUGAAAUAGAAUUGGAUGAAAGUUACUCUUUGCUAAAGCUGCUCGAGGUUGAUACGAAAUUCGAUGAAAUCAGUCGAGGGACGUUUUUCCAAAGCGCCGGAGAGACGUAUGAUAAAAAGAUAUCGAAUGUUUCUGCAAAUCAACAAGUACAUGACCAAGUUUCUCUCGACAUACAAAGAGGUCGGGAUUUAGGCUUACAGGGCUACAAUGCAUAUAGAAACUUUUGUGGAAUGAAAGCGGCUAAGGAUUUCUACGACCUCACCGAUGUUAUUGAUGGAGAGAAAGUAGAAAUAUUAAAGAAACUCUACAGCAACGUGGACGACAUUGACCUAUUAGUUGGUAUAAUGAGUGAAAACAAUAUCGAAGGCACGCUCGUUGGACCAACACUGUUCUGCAUUAUGGUCAAACAGAUACAAUUAUUUAGAUUCUCCGACCGAUUCUGGUUCGAGAGGGGAGAUAAUUAUCAUAGCUUUACUUUUUCUCAAUUACGCGAGAUCAGGAGAACUAACAUGGCUCGGUUCGCUUGUGACAACGUGGAAGCUAUCAAAUUCAUACAACCUCACGCGCUGUUGGCUACCACACAUUGGAACACACCACUACCAUGUUCGCAUAUUGCUGGACCAAAUUUAGAGGCAUGGAGGGAUGCUAGCUGCAAAGAAAAUAGUCAAAUUGACACGAAAUUUUUAAAAUAUAAUUACCCUGAUAGAAAUGAGUUCCCGGAAUAUUCGUCUUUCCUUAAUGAUAUUCUAUCAACAGUGCAUUUAUAAUUGUAAAAAAAUAUUAGACGUUAAAGUAAAGAUGAAUAAGCGAAUGAUACGCCGCUUUUACACAUUCGUGCGAAUAGCGAACACGGGUAAAUGCGUAUUGUUAAAUGAAAUAUUGGAUGGAUAGUUAUAAUUAUGUAACGAUUUAAAUGUUAUCUGCAAUAAAUAGUUUAAUCUA